GCCGCCGCCCCGCCCCGCCAUGCCGCAGCCGUAGGCAGCCCGCGGCCGCUCGCAGCCCUCGGCCUCCGCGGCCUCCGGGCCGAUGGGCAGCCUGCUGAGCGGGGUCAGCUUCAAGGAGCCCACCACGGUGGAGGACUGCGACUCCACCUGGGAGACCGACUCGGAGCCCGAGGCGGCGGAGCCGCGGCGGCAGGAGGGGGUGUGCGCCGCCGCGGGAGGCGGGGAAGAGCCGCCCGCCGCCGACUGCCGGCCCGGGGAGCCGCCGCCGGCCCCGCCAGCGCGGCGGGACGCGGAGCGGCCGGAGGCGGACGCCGCCAGCCCCGAGCAGAGUGGUGAUGGAACUGAGCUGACAGCCAAGCCAAAGAGAAGCUUCUACGCAGCAAGAGAUUUAUACAAGUACCGACAUCAGUAUCCACAGAACUUUAAAGAUCUUCGUUAUCAAAAUGACCUGUGCAAUCUCCGGUUUUACAAAAAUAAAAUCCCAUUUAAACCUGAUGGGGUUUAUAUUGAAGAAGUCCUAAAUAAAUGGAAAGGAGACUACGAAAAACUGGAACAUAACCACACUUACAUACAGUGGCUUUUUCCUCUAAGGGAACAAGGUCUGAACUUCUAUGCUAAAGAAUUAACUACAUAUGAAAUUGAGGAAUUCAAGAAAACAAAAGAAGCAAUUAGAAGAUUCCUUUUGGCUUACAAAAUGAUGUUGGAGUUUUUUGGAAUAAAACUAAUUGAUAAAACUGGAAAUGUAACACGAGCUGCUAACUGGCAAGAAAGAUUUCAGCAUUUGAAUGAGUCUCAACAUAACUACUUGAGAAUCACUCGAAUUCUGAAAAGCCUCGGUGAACUUGGAUAUGAGAGUUUCAAAUCUCCUCUGGUAAAAUUUAUUCUGCAUGAAGCUCUUGUGGAAGACACCAUUCCCAACAUUAAGCAAAGUGCUCUAGAAUAUUUUGUGUAUACUAUCAGAGACCGAAGAGAAAGGAGGAAACUGCUGAGAUUUGCCCAGCAACAUUAUACACCCUCAGAACAUUUUAUCUGGGGACCCCCAAGAAAACAGAAGUCAGAGGGAAGCAAAGCAAAUAAAAAGCCAGCAUCUCCAGUUUCUAUUCCCAAUAGUCAUAUUUCUAAGCAUAAGAAAAUGAAGGAACCUAAGAAUACAUUGGCAAGUGGAAGUUCAGCUGGUAAAAUAACUGAAGAAAGAAAGAUAGAAUUCACAAAAAAUGGGGAAGAAAAUUAUAACGAUGAACAAGAAGUGAACUGUGAUGCUGUUAGGCAGAACAACAGUGAAAAGAACAGUGACACUGAUACUAGUCAGCUUUCAAAAUCAGAAGAAGUUCAUGAUAAUUCAGACAGAAAGGAGGACACUUCUUAUUCCAAAAAAGAUGGUGAAAAUCUGAACAAUGACUGUGGUAACGGUGAAAAUCUGAACAAUGACUGUGGUAAUCACCCAGAUGUUAUAGAGGAAGAUUUAUGUAACACUGAGAAUUCUUCAAAUGACCCAUCAGCAGAUCUACAAGAUAACCUUGAUAAGGAUACACUUUCAGGGGUGACCACCACAAAAACUAAGGAUGAGCUCAAACCAUGAAUCUGAGAUUUAAAAAAAUCUUUGUUUCACUUUGAAUGAAGCAAAUAAUUAAUUGCUUCUUAAUUUUGGUUGAAAUUUCCAUCUAAUGUAAGUUCACAAGCUAUGCUUGUUGCAAAUGCAUCAGAUUAGGCUUCUGUUAGGUUAAUGAUUUUUUUUUUCAACCUCAGUUUAUCAGCAGUCAGCCAGGUGUGUCUCUUUAAAACAAUUGUGCAUAUUGGAAGCUAAGAAAUUAAUUCUCUUUUCCAGACAGAUUGCACAGAAAAGCUUAUCUAAUUUUUAAAAUUCAUCCAGUAUUGAAAAAAAAAAUAAAUAAAGUGUAACAACUAAAAAGCCUUGGAACAUCAGAAUUCUAAAGUUUCCUUUAAGUUUGCUUUAAAUUUUGUUUUCCAUUUAGGAAAUUACUAGAAAUUAUUUCAAAAUCACAGUUUUUUACCCUAGUGGUUAUUUUUUUUAGUAACUAUGGUCUUGAUUAAUAGUGGUAUUUGCACAGUGUCUUUUAGCCUAGAUUAGCAUCUUUGUUGGAGGCACUUAACAAUGGAUAGCAUAUAUCAUGUUCUGUACAGCUGGGAAUCACUGUACAUUGAAUAAAAUUUUUAACUUAAAAAGAAACUGUAUCCACACCUUUUGGAUACGGAAGCUGCACUUCAGACUUCCUUUAGUCCCUGUUAAAUUCUCCCUUCUCUUGACUCAUUUGUUACAGCUAAUCUGGGGGGAGGGAUCUGUUAGAUCUCUCAAAUUUGGUCUCAGUUUGAAAGCUCUCUGUUACUCAGCUGUAGUAAGACGACUCCCCCAGCUGCGUUCAGCACCUGGAAAGACUCUGGACUGCUGAAAAGCAUGUCUUUCCUCAGAGCACUGCCUUAUCAGCAAAGCCAUCAGAGAAAAGGUCACUAGGCAUGGCAAGUUGGAUCUUACUUGUACUUGGAUGUUUCCUGGCCACUUUUGGGUAGAAUCUGCACAAUGCAGUCACCUGUUGCUGGUCUCAGAGACAAAGGCAGUCCUGAUGCUUCUUUCCAGAUGUCUGUUUCCUCUCUUUGCUCUCUAUCAUAAGUCUCUCGCAGUUUUAUGUUAUUUUGAUAAGCAGCAUAAGCUUAAGGAAGGCCAGUCUGUGGGCCAGGCUGGAGCCCAACAAGUAAGAAUUUCACUAUUAAGAUGUUUCCCAGCUUCUACCAAAGAACUUUCUGCUCUCCCUGAGUAGCUUCUUCUGAUUUUCUGCUGUUCAAGUCAAAUGGUAGUAGCCGGCAAGUUAGUUGUGUAGAACAUGAAUUAAAAAAUAAUGCAGGUACAAUUCAAACGUCCUACAGUUCUAAAAUACUUAAAAACUUCUGUAUGGAUUUUCUGUUUAAAGGUGUACAUAAUAUCCACUGCCUUUAAUGUAUUGCUAAUUAAAGAUUACAAGGCAAGAGGCUGACUACAGUUUUAGUGUUAAAAUGCUACAGGACUUUAUUCAAGUCUUAUAACUCUAAAUUAUUAAUUUAUCAGGGAUUUCAGAGCAUAGACAAAAUAUCUUGUAUUCUGUUUUGCUAAUGCCCAUCAUGGCAAUGCAUCAUCUUUUUUUUUUUCUCCAGGUAGUGCUGGUUCUUGGGAUCAAAUAAAGUGGUAGUUAGGGAUCUUGAUACCUAUGGAAAAAAAUUAGGCUCUUUCCAUCCUAAAGAAGCAGAGAAAAAGAAAGAUGUAUUUCUUCUUCAGUGCUGACUUGUGAGGGAAGGAACUUAAUAUAUGUGGAUUUUUCUUUAGGUAUUAAGUCUGUCUGAGCAGAAAUGUCCCAGAGAAUUCCAGCCACCACCUUUUUAAGGCCAGAAAGAUCCUGAGAAGCUUUUCACAAUUCCCUGGACAUAAACUGGGAUCCCCUUCUUGGUGUUUGCCUCUGACCUUCAGAACAGAAGGGGGAGGAAGUGCUGUGAUAAAACUGGUCUGUAUAGUUAAGGACUCUGCCCCUCCAUGUAUGCAAAGGGAAGACAUUUCAUUUUCUGCCUACGACUUCUUCAGUCUUGAGUGCCUAACUGUGCAAACUUCAUGAUGUUGUUCUUACAUAGUUAUUUUUCGAGUAUCAUAGGAAAAAUUGAUACCUUGUGUCUAAGGAACAUAACUACAGCAUAAGAAGCUACACAGAACCUUCAAUUUAUGAACUUUAGUAUUAAUUUUAAACACUUUACAGAAAAUGCAGAGUACUGAAGUGAAAUAAGGGAUGACAGAGGUGUUGUAUUUAUCAGUGACCUCAGGAGGUCUUUUGUCUACUGAACAAAAAAAAAGAGAAAUCUUACCUGAUUUUAAACAAAGUUCUUGGGAUGUGCCUCCAGAAGAUUACUCUGCAGUAUUCUAUUAUCAUGACAUAUCUCUCACUUCAACAUUCUUACUGGGCUGUCUGCAUUAAGGGGUUCAAGGUAUCUGAAAAUAUUGUCAAGAACUUUGGUACUUAUACCUGUAUUAACUUAGCAAAUUUUGUUUUCAUCUGCAACUCAAUAUAUUUCUCUCAGUUUUCACAGAAGAGCAGUGGCAUAUCAGUUGCCUACAAAGACCUAUGGGGACUAUGUAAGUGAGGGUUUUUGUGUCAGGUGCCUCCUGCACUCUCUAAGCCUUGUUUUAUAACUUUAUCAACAGAAUUCCUCCCACGGAACACUUCAGCUUUAACUAAAUUCUGCUCUAUGUAAAAUGUGACAAUUUAUCAUUAUUUUCAUAGUGAAAUUGUUUCUUCUGAUUUUGCAAGUACUUAAAAGAAGGAUUUAUUGCAGGGCAAUCAUACAGUGUAGUGUUGUCCCAUUGAAAUUUGUGAGGAUCAAGUGGGUGCACUGUAUGCAUUUUUGUUAAAGAAUCAUGGCCUUAGCAAACAGAAGCACCCUGUGCUUAAAGUUUCUAAGUAUUGGUUUUCAGGUUUACAGUAUAUAUACAGUACAUAUGUGUGUUGAAAUGAUUGUAUUCUCAUAGAUGCCAGUACAUAGUUGGUUAACCAUUGCUUCAGUAACUGAGGGUAUGCAAAGAAAGUCAAGUAAUUUGCUUACUGUUAAAUUUAUUUUUGUUUUGCUAUAUGCUAAAGUAUUCAGGGAUUUUUGUGUACUUAUUACAAUAGUGUAUUUUGGCCCAGUGUUAGACUAGAAUCUGAGCUGUUUGUAUGUUGAUUGAACAGAACCUUCCAUAUGAAGGUUCUUCCUAAGUAAGUACAUCUGAGUAGCCUCUGGUGCUGUUAAGUGGGAGUAGUGUGGACGUGCCUGUGAAUUUGAUUUUAAGGCUCUUACGGCAAGGGGAUAUGAAUGUGCAACUUGGAACAAUGUUACUGAGUACACAGAUGAGUACACACGAGGCAGUCAUACAAAUCAUGCAAAAAUGCAGCACUUUAAGGUUAGUUACAGCUCUGUGCCCUACUAUGCCAGACACAAGUGUGCCUCGGUACCUGAUACUGUGUUGGUGUAGAGACUGAAGGCUUGGGUACAUGAGGUGUACAGCACAGACCAUUCAGAGUAGAAGAGUAGUUACAUGUGUCCACAUAUCUAGGAGCAGGUCUGAGGUCUUUCUGUUCAUGUUGCUCAAAUAAAAUCUUGAAGGAUGCUAAAAAUAAGUGCAAUAAUCUUUUGAGACCUGUUCCCUGGCUUGGGUCAGCUCCUCAGUUUCCUUCUCUAAGAUUUUAGCACUCUAAUAUAUUUAGUAUUUGUAUAAUAAUUGUUAAUAUUUCGUGUAACCUAGUGUAAGCCUCUCCUGAACUAUUCCAGGAUAAUUCGAAUAAUCUGCAGUUGCAUAUAUCUGUACUUUAAACAGAAGGUUUACAGACCUUAAAAGCUUUGUACAAUAUUGAUGGAUGAUCCAGUGAGGUAAGACAAGUGACAUUUACUGGAUUUAAACAGAAAACAGCUCUUGUUUGUUUUUAAAUAAAAUUUAUGUCUAUCUGCUUAAUUGAGAGGUUAUUUUACCCCUUUCUUCUGACUGUUAUGAUGGUACUGAUCACAGUUUAUAGUUAUAUAUGUUUAGGUGAAAAUGUAAUUUUUUACACUACACUUUUACAGGACACAUAUCAUAUUGAAUUUCCUUGACAAAAGCUGUAUUUAUGAAUAAGAUGCAAGUAUGUGAAGCAAGUUUUGCCAUUAAUAAAAGUGUGACAAUAUCAUGCUGAUGAUGUAUGUUGUCCUCAGAAUUGCCAGUGGGGAUCAGAACCAAAAAUGUUUCUAGCCUUGUGUCCUGCCUCCAGUGCUGGCCACGAAAAAGAUGCUGCAAAACAAAGAAAUUAUACAGUAACCCCAUUUUUCACUAGAAUUUUUUUGGUUUUGAACUUGUGGUUUCUUUCAACCUCUUCAAUCCCUUGUGACUAUGAGUUCUAUGCUGUAAUAAUGUUUUGUGUGGAGAAGGCGAUCUUUUAUUUGUCUCAGAUCUGUUUAUUAAAGAAUUGCUACUGUAUUUGAACAGUACUAAAAGUACUGUAAGAUGAAGAGUAAUCCACUUCAAAUCAGUUUGUAAAUGUCAUGAGAGAUUCUAAUGACAAAAUACCUGUUUAGGCAGAAAAUGUCCCCUGUUUCUUCUGUUUUUAGGCAGAAGAUGUCUGCUUAGGCAGAAACUUGUCCUAAAUUGAUGACAAUGCUACCUUACUUAUUCCUUCUGAAUACAUGUUUGCACAUAAAACCCUCUGUAGACUAGUGCUAAAAGUGUAGAUUAAGUGUUAAAAGUCAGAUUGCAACUGCAAAACAAGGUUGAUAUAUUUUUUCUUACCUGUGUAAAAGCAAAAUCAGUCAAAUGGAAAACCUAUUCCUAGCCCACGUAUGAGUGAGCUACCUCUGGAUUUGGAGCAUCAGUGAAUCUAACAUUGUGAUCACAAAGAAGAUGGAAACCAUUCCACAUUUUGGUAAUUUGUUUUGAUACGUGUUCACAGUUCCAAUUGUAAUUGGAGUAACUGGUCAAAAGGUAUUUUUUAUGGCUGUCAGAGUCUGAAAAUGGGUCAGAAAAGGCCUAAGCAUAUACAACCCCCCUCAAUUCACAUUAUGGUCAACACCAUAGUUUCACUAUUUACAGAUAUUUAGAUGCAGUUUCUCCAAGGGGAGUGCACAUUGUGUCUCUGUAAUAUCUUUGUGCUCAGUAUUGGCUAUGAACUGUUUCUUUUCUUGAAAGCUGUGUUCCGUUUUCAGCCCUUGUUCUUAAGUACACUUAGUUAAGACCUUUGGUGAAAGCAAAAAUUUACCUUAAAGAGUAUGUUUAAUACAUGCUGUAUGUAAUGGACUCCUAAAAUUUAGUUCAAUAGAGACCUCAUUUCUUCUUAGAAAUGUGGCUCUUUAAUUCUACAAUGCUUACAAGUUCAGUGGUGUAUUCAUCAACUAAAAUUUAUUGUGAAAUAUACUGAAUGUACUUACUACUGUGGCUAACCAUGUGAAAAUUAUUGUUUUGCAGUGAAAAAGGUUAUGGCACUUGUAUUUUUGGGACCUGCUGAAGCAUGUUUGCUAAUAAUUCGUUGCUCUUUUUUUUUUCUGUGUUUUAAGGUAUUCCACGGUUGUUUGCCCUUUUCACGGUUUGAUUUUGGCAACAGAUGAUUAAGCAUAGUUUUGAACUAUAAAAUUUGAAAAUAUCAUAGACUUCAUUGUUGAAAUGUAUUCUAAGGAAAAAGUGCAGUAAAAAGACAAAGCCCCAAAGCCCAACAAUUUUCACUUGCAAAAUUGAACAGCUCUAUGUCAGUUUUUAUGAAUGGUCCUGCUCUCUUCUCUGUAUUCCUUUGCAGUGUUUAAUUACAGAAUGCCGUGCAUGUUUGGAAGUACCAAUACCAUGUGUAUGUGGUAGGAGUGGUAACCAGUUUCUGGAUUUGUAAUGCACUAUAAAGAGGUAUUUUAUAAUUCUGCAUCUGUAUGGCAGUGUUAAGCCAAAAAAAAAUUGUAUAAACAUGAAAAGCAAUAGUUUAUGUUGCUUACUGCUAUAUUUUAAAUAAUUUGUAAAAUGAAAUACUUGGAUUUCCUUUCAGGUAAAUAUAUUUUUCAUAACAGCAGCCAAAAACUCUGAACUAAUAAAGCUUCUUCAUUUAGCAGCAUUGUUUUAGCAACAUAUAUAGAUAUUGUGUAGCUGUAAUAGUGUGCAAUUGCUGUUUGGUGCUUGUUUGUAAAGUCUUCUGUAAAUAUAUUAACACUUAAAAGUAGGGAA